AUGUCUUCAGUGCACUAAACAUUCAUUCUCUGAAUUACAGUCUCUAAUUUACACUAAUUGCAUCUCCAAUGGCAGCCAACACCAUAAAUCCUGAUCAUGAAAUGACUCCGGAAUUCGAACUUCCGGGAUUUCGGUUCCAUCCAACAGAAGAAGAACUUCUUGAAUUCUACCUUAGAAGCAUGGUUUUUGGCAAGAGGUUGCGUUUUGACAUAAUUGGUUUCCUCAAUAUCUACCAUCAUGACCCUUGGGACUUACCUGGGUUGUCAAAGAUCGGAGAAAGGGAGUGGUAUUUUUUUGUGCCAAGGGACAGGAAGCAUGGCAGUGGAGGAAGGCCUAACAGAACCACUGAAACUGGGUUUUGGAAAGCCACCGGCUCUGACCGCAAGAUCGUGAGCCUCUCGGAUCCAAAGAGGAUCAUAGGGUUGAGAAAGACACUUGUUUUUUACAAAGGGAGAGCCCCAAGAGGAAGCAAGACUGAUUGGGUCAUGAACGAGUAUCGUUUGCCUGAUAACUGCCAGUAUCUCAAGGAUAUUGUACUCUGCAAGAUAUAUAGAAAGGCAACUUCCUUGAAAGUGCUAGAGCAAAGGGCAGCAAUGGAGGAAAAUCAGAUAAAGGACUUUCAUGCUUCCCCUAACUCAUCAUCUCCAACAUCCAUGGAGACAUUCUCACUUGGCAGCCAAGCAAUACAGGAAGCUCUGACUCCACAAAUUCCCACAAAGCAUGUAGUAUUCAAGCAAGAAGUGGAAGAUGCAACUCUAGUGGUAGCGCAAGAGCAAAAGGGUGAGAAUGCAAUGGAGAUUAAAGGGUCUCCUCAUCCCAUAUACAAUUUACCAGAACUCCAAGUGCCUAAAUUUAGCAUGGACUGGACCCAAGACACAGUUUGGACCCAAAUGAGUAGCCCUUGGCUUCAAAACUUGACCCCUUUGGCGAACAUUCUCAACUUCUAAUUGCUUCCAUGUGUUAGGAUAAAAUAAAGUUUGGGCUUUGUUAACCUAGACGAAAAGCCAUUAGCCCUCAUUUAGUCUUUAAUUGGUCAUCUAAACCUAAAUGCGGCAAUACAUAUAAAAUUCGGAUCCAAACAUUCUUGUAGAUAAAUUUUGUUCACAUUUUAGGACGUCUGGUCAUCCCUCAUCCUGUAAGUGAUCAAGUGUAUGCCGUUCUAGUUAAGGAACAGCUUCUCGAUUUUUCUUUUUCCAUUCUUGUUUUUUUUUUCUUUUUUUUUUCUUUUGAGGGAGGGAGAUAUGGUAUGUAUCUUUUUUUUUUUUAUUGAUCCAGUAUGUUUUCUAGUAUCUACACACAUAAUGUAAUGGACCCUAAUGGUAGGUAGGAGAGGUUUCAUGGACAAAUGGGCCGGCACAUAAGGCAAUAAAUAAAUUUUAUUUUAUUCCACUUUAA